ACACUACUUUGUUUCCAUCAUCUGUGAUUGUAACCAACCCUUUUUCUCCAGGACUUCCCACCAAACUAUAUCGAGAAGAAAACGUGUUUGCUUCGCAAGAAAAUAGGCAUCCUGCUACUUACCCAAAAAAAAAUAGGCAUCCUGCUCAAUACUCAUCUGGUUUCCAGACAUUUCCAGAUCUGCCAUAACACUAUCAGAAUUCCAACACUUCAAUCAGAGCUAAUCAAUCCAUCCCCUUCCACCGACUUAUCAAAGUUUAACACAAAGGGAGCUUUCAAAUACACCAGAUUCAUGGCCCAAUCAACUGGCAGAAAGCUUAUUCAAAUUGAUGUUAGUUCAGACACUGUAUGCCCUUGGUGUUUCGUGGGCAAAAGAAAUCUGGACAAAGCUAUAGCUUCAUCAAAUAAUCAAUAUGAUUUCGAGAUUAGAUGGCACCCCUUUUUUCUGAAUCCUUCUGCCCCUAAAGAAGGCGUGGACAAGCGAGAGUUUUACAGGAGCAAGUUUGGGUCUCGAGCUGAACAAAUUUUAGCUCGGAUGACAGAGAUUUUUAAGGGUCUUGGGAUGGAAUACAACAUGUCCGGACUCACGGGAAAUACUCUGGAUAGCCACAGGCUUACAUAUUUUGCUGGGAAACAGGGUGUUGGUAAGCAACAUAGUCUCAUGGAGGAGCUGUUCCUUGGCUACUUCACACAGGCAAAGUAUAUAGGUGACAGGGAAUUUCUUGUGGAAUCUGCUAGGAAGGUUGGAAUAGAAGGAGCAGCAGAGUUUCUUGAGGACCCCAAUAAUGGACUGAAGGAGGUCAAUGAAGAUCUUGAGAAGUACUCAGCACAUAUUACCGGAGUCCCAAAUUAUGUGAUUAACGGCAAGCACCAGCUGAGCGGUGGCCAACCCCCUGAUGUCUUCCUGAGAGCUUUUCAAGUGGCUGCGAGUGGAAGGACCUAGCAUCCAUAUGAUUUUAUAUACCAUCUUCUGAAAAGAUGCAACUUAUAUCGCCGUACUCUUGAAAAUAAAGUGGCUUGCCCAGUGUAUCUUUUCCUCUAUCAUGCAUCGAGUGUGAGGAUCUUGGAACUCAUGUUUGAUACAAGUAUGUAAUAAAAUUUAGAACCAAUGACUAUGAAGAUGAUUUUAUAUAUAUAUAUAAAUGGGCAUAUAUUAAGUGUAUUCGAAAAA